AUGCCAAGUCGGCCCUCGAGCUCGCAGAGCGGCGGCAGUAGUAGCCACAGCUCCAGCAAAGCGGUCGCGGACCGCUACGAGCCCGAGACGUCGCUCCGCGCGGCCCUCUUCGGCGAGAUCCUCCUGUGCCGCGACCGCCUCACGCUCGAGCGCGUGGUCGUCAAGACCGUCGACCUGCAGCUGGCCAGCCGGCACACGUCGCGCGCGCAGGAGCUCGUGCAGGAGGACGUGCAGCUCGAGGUCGAGGGGCUCAGCCGCGUGCGGGCGCUGGGCGGCCACCCGAACGUCAUUCGGCUGCACAAGUGCUUUGUGGCCCGGGGCGCGUUGCACCUCGUGCUCGACUACUGCGAGGGCGGCGACCUGCUCGACGCCUGUGUCCAGCGUCGCCGGCCGCGAGUCGACCGUAACGAAGGGCUGAGCAGCCGCAGCCGCACCCGUCGUGUCAAUAGCAGUCGUGUCAAUAGCAGUAGCAGUCGUGUCAAUAGCAGUAGCGGUCGUCGUAGUUGUAGUGACGACAGAUGUGGUCGUCCGCGAGGCGAAGACGUUGUCGUUGCCGGCGGCGGCGGCGCAAGAGCGACAGCAGCAGUGGGUAGUGGCGGACCGCGUCCCGAAGACGAUGUGCACGACGACGGCAACGGACCGUUUCUGAGCGGCGUAGACGGCUCGACGCGUCUGCAGGAGGCGGUCGCGCACGCGUUCCUCGUCGAUGUGCUCUCGGGGCUGCGGUUCCUCCACGCGCACGGCAUCGCCCACCGGGACGUCAGUCUCGAGAACAUUCUGCUGCGCAACGGGAGCGCAGUGAUCGCCGACUUUGGGCUGUGUGUGCCCGAGCUGUCGGACCUCUCGUCGUCGCCCCUGUCAUCUCUGGGCCGCCGUCGUCCCGCCGACGCGCUUUGCUGUGACGCGGCCGUGGGCAAAGACUACUACAUGGCGCCCGAGAUCGUGGCCCGCGAGGCCUACGACCCCCGGCGCGCCGACAUUUGGGCCACGGGCAUCGCGUUCUUCAUUCUGCUCACGUCGUCGCCGCCGUUCGAGCGCGCCGACCCGUCGGACGCGGGGUUCCGGUACGUCGCAAAGUGCGGCGUCAAGGCCGUGUUCGCGGCGUGGGGGCUCGAGAGGGACGUGUCGGAGGGCAUGCAGAAUCUGCUCGAGCGGAUGCUGUGCGUGGACCCGGACGAGCGCAUUACGAUGGCCGAGAUCUGGCAACACCCGGUGCUGAAGCGACCGCGGAGCCGCGCAGAGUCAAUCGGUGGCUGCACGUAA